CGUAAAAGAGUCGAAACUACGUUGCACGGCACUUCCGCUGUUAAUGUAAUCAACAAUGGCGGCUGUGACAGGAGUUACUGAUUACUAUGAAAGAAAAGGGUCUCUUUUCUUGAGAUCAGAUCAUAUGAACUAUGGAAGAGCUACAUUAAACUCCAAUUGGCAUCAAGCCCGUGAGGCAGAACCUAAAGAUUAUGAUCUCAGUCAAAAUGAAGAGAGGGACUUGGGAAAAGCCACAUACAAAAGAAUAGGCAAUGUCACAGACGGAAAUCUGCCAAAUACUACAUAUCAAGCCUUUGCUGAGCAAACCAAACUUAAACCAAAUUUUACAGAAAGGGAAGUUAGGAAGCCAAUGGUUAAUCUGGAGACCCUAGACCAUGUUGAUAUGGAAAGAGAGAUUGGAGCACCAAAGCAUGGCUACGGCUCAGUUUUACCUCGCCAUAAUCCAGAUUACAAUAAACAUUACCUUGACAGUACACACAGAGCAGACUUCAAACCACCAAAUCCAGAUUAUGUUCCUGUUCCGGAAUGUCCACCAGACUUUGAAGACAAGUCAUCUGCCUAUAGAAAAUGUCACUCACAGUUUACCGACACUGCUGACUACAGAAGACCCGGCAGAAACACAUGGCAGGAUGAAUCAGGAAUUUAUACAAAUACCCAUUACAAACGUGAAGUAUUCAAACCAACAGAAACCAUACCACCACAGCUUAGUUAAAAUAAAUCCAAAUUUUUUAUUUUUAU